AUGAAGUACAUGACGGGCGUGGCAGCAGGUAUGGCCUGUCUAGAGGGAGAUGGGGUCAUACAUCGGAACUUGAGGUGCGCCAAUCUGUUGAUCUCGGAAGAUGACACGUGCAAGAUAUCAGACUAUGGCAUGGGUACCAAAGAAGACAUCAAAAAAGGAAUAAGGUUCCCGAUUAAGUGGACGGCUCCCGAAGCCUACGCUCAACAGAUAUUCACCAGCAAAUCGGACGUGUGGAGUUUUGGAGUCGUGAUCUACGAAGUGUUCUCGUACGGUAAGGAGCCUUACGAGGGAAUGGACCCGAGAGAAGUGUUCACGAAUGUGUUCCAGGAAGGGGAGAGACUUUCUCCCCCCGGAGAGUGCCGGAGUCCUUGGAGUAGCAUUAUGCCUCAGUGCUUCCACUUGAACCCAGAGAAAAGACCAAACUUCCAGACUAUUAAGACUCAAACACACGGAGGCAGCGAAUAA